AUGGUUUGGUCUAUCAGCAUCACAUCUAAGGAAAUCAGUCUUGAUAAUGAUAGUAUUAGAUAUGGCGAUAAUGUUGGAGAUGAUAAUGCUGAAGAUAUCGAGAAUGUUAAAGAUACAAUAAUGGAAAGGAAAGUUUUUCUUGAUGAGCCAACAUUGUAUACAGAAAGAAAGAAUGGGAAACUUGGAUCACUUCCAGAAUUAUGUAAGAGGAUAACCAUUCGAAUUAUUGGUGAUGAAGAUAUUGCAGAAAAGUGCAAAACCUCAUAA